UGGCUUGCGAUUAGGCGAGCGGAUUUUGCGUGUGUUGCUUUCUCACUUCUCUAAGCGCGUGCGGUCGCCUGAAAGAGCUCGCUAGUAUGAGGCUUGUGGCAGUCGCGUUUUUCGUGACGACUGUCACCUACGAUGCAAAUACACUUUCUGUUCCUCAGAGGAGAACAGCAGGAAAGAAAGCUCUAGGUCCCGGAGAAUGCGCUCCAGGUGAAGAGUACACCUGCGUCAGUGGAGACUGUGGAGAGAAAACCUGCGCAGAUGCUGCAGACACCAACAAGAUCUGCGCAAGGACCUGCAUCACGGGCUGCUUUUGUGCCCCGGGCUUGUUCCGUCGUCCCUCGGACCACAGAUGCGUUUCGAAGGAGCAGUGCAACAUUACCAAGGUGUCCAUCGCAGAGGCCUCUUCCCUGCGAUGAAGCGGUGGCAAUACUGCUGAUGCUUCAUUUACCCACGACGGGGUGCAUACGGCUUUCUUUAUAAAAUUAUGGU